GUCUCGCAGCCUGCAGGGAGGGGAGGAGAAGGUGGCAGGGUUUCUCUGUUAGCCAGGAUCCAUCUGGUCCUUUGCAGCGGGGGGGCAGCGGAAGCCAGAGACCCUGGGGUAGACCAGUGUCCAGGGCUGGGAUGCCUGGGCAGAUGUGGUGGCAGCUGGAAAGGUGGCACCGCUGUUGGGUGGCUGGAACUGCGGCUGUUCCUAGGAGACGGAGCCGCCGCCGCAGCAGCAGCAGCAGCAGCAGCAGCCUGCGGGGGAGGGGGAGCAAGUGGGUUGCUGCUUUUAGCAGCUGAAAGGGCUGCAGGGAGCUCUGGGUAAGAUAUUUUCUACCGCCGUCGCCGCCGCUUCUGCGGUAGAAGCUGCCUGGAGUAAGUGAGAGGAAGGAGGAUCGUGAGAGGGAGGAGGUCUGCCCCGCAGCCAUGCUGAAUCACCGCGGCUGAUCCCAUCUCCCCGCUGGGCUCCUGGGGGAACCGAGAGCAACACGAGCCAGUUUCCCUGGGUGCACAGCCUUUCGUUCAGCGGCUGCUACCCCUGCUGGGCCUCGCACAAUGGACGGUGAAAGAAGCAAGCCGAGUCCCCAGCCGACAGCACAGGCUGGGGAAGAUGAAAAGAACCAAAAGACCAUCACUGUCAACCCUGCACACAUGGGGAAGGCCUUCAAGGUCAUGAAUGAACUGAGGAGUAAGCAGCUGUUGUGUGACGUGAUGAUUGUGGCAGAAGAUGUGGAGAUAGAAGCCCACCGUGUGGUCCUGGCCGCCUGCAGCCCUUACUUCUGUGCAAUGUUCACAGGUGACAUGUCUGAGAGCAAAGCUAGGAAGAUUGAGAUCAAGGACGUGGAUGGGCAGACGCUCAGCAAGCUGAUCGACUACAUCUACACUGCGGAGAUCGAGGUGACCGAAGAGAAUGUGCAGGUCCUACUUCCGGCAGCCAGCUUGCUGCAGCUCAUGGACGUUCGGCAGAACUGCUGUGACUUCCUGCAGUCUCAGCUGCAUCCCACCAAUUGUCUGGGCAUACGUGCAUUUGCAGAUGUGCACACCUGCACGGACCUUCUGCAGCAGGCCAAUGCCUACGCAGAGCAGCACUUUCCGGAGGUGAUGCUGGGGGAAGAGUUUCUUAGCCUGAGUCUGGACCAGGUAUGCAGUUUGAUAUCCAGUGACAAACUGACUGUCUCCUCAGAAGAGAAGGUAUUUGAGGCCGUGAUUUCGUGGAUCAAUUAUGAGAAAGAGACCCGCCUGGAGCACAUGGCAAAGCUGAUGGAACAUGUCCGACUCCCUCUCUUGCCAAAGGACUACCUAGUUCAGACAGUGGAAGAGGAGGCUUUGAUCAAGAAUAACAACACGUGUAAGGACUUCCUCAUUGAGGCCAUGAAAUACCACCUGCUCCCUCUGGACCAGAGGCUCUUGAUCAAGAACCCCAGGACCAAGCCUCGAACUCCAGUCAGCCUGCCCAAGGUCAUGAUUGUGGUUGGUGGCCAGGCUCCCAAGGCAAUCCGCAGCGUGGAGUGCUAUGAUUUUGAGGAGGACCGCUGGGAUCAGAUCGCGGAGCUUCCCUCCAGGAGAUGCAGGGCAGGUGUGGUGUUCAUGGCUGGCCACGUGUACGCUGUGGGCGGGUUUAACGGCUCUCUGCGGGUGCGGACAGUGGACGUGUAUGACGGGGUGAAGGACCAGUGGACGUCCAUCGCCAGCAUGCAGGAGCGCCGGAGCACUCUGGGAGCUGCCGUGCUCAAUGAUCUGCUGUAUGCUGUCGGAGGCUUUGAUGGCAGUACGGGUCUGGCAUCAGUAGAAGCCUACAGCUAUAAGACUAACGAGUGGUUCUUUGUGGCCCCAAUGAACACUCGGCGGAGCAGCGUGGGAGUGGGCGUUGUGGAGGGGAAGCUGUAUGCUGUUGGGGGUUAUGACGGGGCUUCACGCCAAUGCCUGAGCACCGUGGAGCAGUACAACCCAGCAACCAACGAGUGGACAUACGUGGCGGACAUGAGCACCCGGCGCAGUGGAGCAGGGGUUGGGGUGCUCAGCGGACAGCUGUAUGCCACAGGGGGGCAUGAUGGUCCCUUGGUGAGGAAGAGUGUCGAAGUCUAUGACCCUGGGACAAACACCUGGAAGCAGGUGGCGGACAUGAACAUGUGCAGGCGGAAUGCAGGAGUCUGUGCCGUGAACGGGCUCCUCUAUGUAGUCGGGGGUGAUGAUGGAUCCUGCAACUUGGCUUCGGUAGAGUACUACAAUCCAGUCACCGACAAAUGGACGCUGCUACCAACGAACAUGAGCACUGGGCGGAGCUAUGCAGGUGUUGCUGUGAUUCACAAGACCUUGUGACCUAAACUCCCACUGCCAGGAGGCGGAGGAAGGAGUGGGUGCCGCCUGUGACUCAGAGCAGUGGGACCGUGGUGACCAGAUGACAGUUAACCGGGAGGGACUGCAGUGGUGUGAGAACCACCCUCCUGGGAUUUGCCAGACUGGUGUGGACACUGAUGACCACUUACUGCCCCCUAAGGUGCUUUGAUUUUUGCCAUGAGCAGUGGGGUUCCUGAUAGCCCCAGCAGCACCUUUGGAGUUCUUUUGUUUGUGUGUGUGUGUGUGUGUGUGUGUGUGUGUGUGUGUGUUUCUACAGGGACAACAGAGAACCUAGCAUAGUGUGUGUGUGUGUAUGUGUGUAAGAUGUAGUGUUCCACUUAGCUGGAUUCAGCUUGGGGAUGGAACAGUGUGAUAUUCUACUGGAUUUCUUUACUACUGAUCCUUCCACUAUGCUAACCACCACACAACCUCUCUUCUGGAUGUGUCCUCGUGGGGCCUCCAUUACUGAAGCUGCUGUCUUUGAGAGGUGCAGCCCAACAGGCUGGCAAUGUGCAGAAGCAACCGGCCCGGGGUAGCUCCCUGGCCCUGCCUGUGACCAAGAUGUGACUACUUCAGCGCUAAAGAGCUUUCUCAGAGCUGUGCCAUCCUCUGCGUACCGUGCCAGGGUGCAGACACCAUCUGCCCUGUGCUCAUGGCCAACACCUCUUCCUUGGCACUACUCUAGGAUUCAGAUGAGAGCUGCCCUGCCCGGGCCUCUGGUCUUUCAUGCCAUGGAUUCUAGCUUUGUAUCUCUUCAGCAGGGAAAAUGAACUCUUCAGAGAAGUCCCAGGUAACGCACUGGAGAGAAAUGUACAAGAAAACAAAAGAAAACCAAAGUGGUAAGGAUUCUGUCCUUUCCCACAGUGGUCUCACAGAGGGACCACACUUCUCUGUGUUGCCAAGACACAACUACAGGCUCACACUUAUUAUGAAGGACUACUUACUAGAACAAGGGUUCUCACCCUUUCACCAAACCCAGAGAUAGGUUUACCCCUGUGCUGGAUGGGGCCAUGUGUGGUUCUCAUAGACAUGAAUGACUUUGAAGAAUAGACUGGCUGGAUCUGGCCCUUGACACUUGGUGGUGAUGGUCAACUCUGCUUGACAUCCCCACCUUCCUUCUCUCAUGCUUUUCCUCCCAACCUCCCGAACACCCCUCUUUGCUUCCACUGUGGGGGAGGAGAUGGUAUAGUGGGUUCUCGAUUAGAGCUCUUCCCCGAGAAUACUUACAUUUUAAAAGAAGAGUUUGAUGAAAGCUUUCUUCAUUCACACAUAAAAAUUAUUAAUGAUCUAACUUCCAGCAUCUGGGGGGAAUGUGUGAAGCAACUGGAGACAUAGACAUUAAAAAAGAGCCCCAGAGCUGGGUUAUUCCUAAGCUGGUAAGUGGAUGUGUUGGAAUUUCUGCUGUAGGAAGGGAGGAUUUGAGUCUGGAAAAUAGUCCCGCAGCCAGGAGCUGGGAUUUAGCUCACUGCCAUCAGGGUCUGUGCAAAGAAAACCACAGGGCUUUGUGGACCCUGCUUCCCAGCAGAUUCUGUAGUAAGUUGUCACCCUCCUGUCCUCUGUCUUCUGCAAGCCUCCCUAGCUAGCUUGGAGAAUUCACUGGAUUUUUUUUUUUUUUUGAACUAUUCUCCUGAAGCUUAAAUUUCUCUUUCUGAUGUUACACAGAUUUUUAGUAGCCCUAGGGAGAAGCUAGACCCUCCGGCUUUGGGGGACCUAGAACAAAGUCUUCAGGAGAAUCAGGACAUAUAUUGGAGGAAUGUUUUGGUUUCAGCUAUCAAUGGGGGACACUGACUUUGGAACUCUUCCUGGCUCUGUACUGGGAGCUGAAAGAAUGAGAUUUAUAUUUUGGAAGUCCCUCUCCAAGGAAGCUUUAGGACUUGUUUGGAGGGGUGGUGGUGAGGAUGAGGUUGGAGUAAGAUUCUGAUGUGUCGUGUUCACACAUGCACUCCAUUCCAGGAGAAGGGAAAAUCUCCCCUCCUCCACCCCACCACCUUUAACCUAGACUGUCCUGUUUAGCAGCCAAGAUGAGGCUUGGUAUUACCCUCCCAUAAAGAAUCCCUUCCCUGAAAGCUAUCUGGCCAUGUUUUCUGCUUUGGGUUUUCGCUGUUGGUUCCACCUGGCGUCUCCCUUCCAGCUGCUCCUGGAAGCUACGUUCAUCUCAUCCUCAUGUGUCCUUUCUCAUGGGGACUAGAAUACUGGUACGUCAUCACCCAAAUGCCAAUCUCUAUCUGGGUUCUAGCCACUCAGAGAUGCCAUCCCAAAACAUCUGUUGCUCCAAUCUAUCACCAGGUACAAUUCCCCCUCUACACCAUACUUAACCUUCACGUCUUUGCUAGUCACAUGGUGGGUGACACCUCACCUCCCCUCCCUGCUAGGAUGACUGUCAUGGCUUGUGAAUGCAGCCUUGAUGGUGGUGGCACAUCUGAAGUCAGGUGGUACUGGUCAAAUGGAAUUGAGACCCAAGGUUAGAAACCAGCUCAGAUGCCACUUAAGAUACCAGUCUGGGCCAUGCAGAAGUCAGUUUCUGAAUCCCAAAGUUAUUUUUUCCUAAGUACCCAAUGGCAUCUCUCCAUCUAAGAUAUUGAAGUAUUAUGCAAAUGAAGUGACCUCAUUUUUUGCUAUGCAAUAAGAAUACUUAAUUCUAUCUCAUGACAAGCCAGUUGCAAUAUCCCCUAAGAUGCUUUUCAAAAUGUCUCAUUUUGGUAUCUGUUAUGUAAUGUUUGUAUAUCUCUGAGCCAGAUCCUUUUCAAAAUUGCCUUUUUUUGUAAAAUUGAAGCUAUGGAUAGCUUUCAGGCUAAAAUUUUAAUGUAGAUAUUUUUAUAAAUAAUUUUUCAAGAGAGAUUCGAAUCGCUUUUUAAUCGUCCAUGGUAAUGAAAUGCUGUGUUCUUCGUUGUUCACUGGCGCGCGCACACAGUCCACGCCUGUCAGCACCUUCCCUUUGGGUCUUUCCCUCUCAGAAUGGAGUUUCUAGUAGACGAGUCUUCCUCUUGACACCACUCAAGAAAGGCUGCUGAAUUAGAAAACACGGUCCCUUUUGUUUCUUGAAUUGCUAGGGGCUAAUGUCCAACUUGACUUGGCAUCUUAUCUCAAGGUACUGCUUAUCUCUGUCUGUUUCUUGGAGUCUUGUGCAGAGCUGGGGCUGGCUUGGCCCGUGUGGUGGGGGCUCUCAUUGCCUGCCACCGAGCCUGCCCUCCAGCCCACACCCGGGGCGUUCCUGCGUCCUGUAGACCACCAUCUUUCAUCCUCUUUGGUCUCCUUGUUCUUCCCAAGUUUCUAGUGUUCAAUGCCUUUGCUGCCAGGUCAUGUCUCUUUUAGAAGCAUCCGUCUCUCUACUUUAACACAAAGAGUCGUCACUGUCUCUAAGAAGAAUGUGAUUGGGCACAAGCUUUGCGGAUGUUCACACUGUUUCCUCUAGAGCUAUCUUCACUCUGAGCAGGGUUUUGUGUUUGGGUCUACCAUAAAACUCGUGUUGCUUUUUUAAAUCUUUAUUUCUUUUUUAAUUAAUUCUGGGCCAUUUAAAAUUGCCUCCGUGCUUCCAAAUUUGCACCUAGAUGGAUCAGCAUGGGAGGCCCAGCACACUCACUCUGGUUAAGAUGGAAUUUCCAAGGCUCUUAUGGCCUGCCGAAGCAAGGAGGUUGGAAUGUAUUUUUUAAAGUGUUUGCACUACUUAGAGUCCUAAGCCCCUCAUGUCAGCUGUUUGUGCACCUACUGACAAAGCAGAAAAUCCUGUUAGUGCUUCCAAUAUUUGGGGUUGAAAGAGACUUCUGUGGUGGGUAGUCACAACCUUCCGGCCCUGCGCAGCCUUUGCUGUGGGACUCGGGCUCACGGCUCACGGCUCAUGGAUGCAGCAUCAGCCACGGCAGGAUGCAUGGGACUGCGGCAUUUGCACAAACAAAAUGCCCCAGCUCACCAUUCUCCCUUUCGGCUAUGAGAUUGUAAAUUAUUCCCCUCCCCCACCAUUUCAGUGGUAAUUAAAGGACCCUUGUUGGACUUCUUGUCUAAUUUGUAUAUGAUGUGUAAAAUACUUUCUUUGAAAGAAAACCGAAGACACUGAAUGAUGUGUGUGUCUGUAUGGACGCACUGUUCCUGUGCUUAACACAGGCUGUCAGGCUAGAUCACUGACUCCUUGUCCAAUGUACUACACAGGUAAGCUCGUGGCUCUGCUGUUUAAUGCAUGGACGUUGGGAACAGUAUAUCUUGCACAAGAAAGCUUGUCAUAUGCUUGAUCGGUUACAGUGAUAGCUGAAGAAACAUUUCGCCAAAUGUAUUAUUUUAACAGAAAUCAUGUCCUCCUUUCCCAUACUAUAUGUUUAAUUUUAAUAAAAACUGAAUUGUGCAAACCA